AUGUGUGAAAUGUCUUUUACCUCCAAGUCAAACCUUACUCUCCACCAGAGAACACACACAGGAAAGAAACCUUAUGAAUGUAACAUUUGUGGAAAGUCUUUCACCUGGAAGUCAAACCUGACUAUCCACCAGAGAACACACACAGAAGAGAAAACUUAUGAAUGUAACAUGUGUGGAAAGUCUUUUGCCAAAAAGGCAUGUCUUACUAUCCACCAGAGAACACAUACUAGAGAGCAACCUUUUGAAUGUAACAUGUGUGGUAAGUCUUUCACCCAGAAGGCACACCUUACUGUCCACCAGAGAACACACACAAAAGAAAAACCUUUUGAAUGUAACGUGUGUGGAAAGUCUUUCACCCAGAAGUCAACUCUCACUGUCCAUCAGAGAAUACACACAGGAAAGAAACCUUAUGAAUGUAACGUGUGUGGAAAGUCUUUCACCCAGAGGUCACACCUUACUUACCACCAGAGAAGGCACACAGAAAAGAAACCUUAUGAAUGUAACAUGUGUGGAAAGUCUUUCAUCCGAAAGUCAAAGCUUACUGUCCACCAGAGAAGACACACAGGCGAGAAACUUUUUGAAUGUAACAUGUGUAAAAUGUCUUUUGCCUGGAAAUCAAACUUUACUGUCCACCAGAGAACACACACAGGAGAGAAACCUUAUGAAUGUAACAUGUGUGGAAAUUCUUUCACCAAGAAGUCAAACCUUACUGUCCACCAGAGAACACACGCAGGAAAGAAACCUUAUGAAUGUAACGUGUGUGGAAAUUCUUUCACCAAGAAGUCAAACCUUACUGUCCACCAGAGAACACACACAGGAAAGAAACCUUAUGAAUGUAACGUGUGUGGAAAA